AUGGACACGUUGCUAGCAAAGUUCAACGAGAACAGGUGUUUUCAAAAUGAAGAACUGUCUCAGCCACUAAAAAGGAUAAGAAUUGGAGAUGGCGGUCUUCACAACGAAUCGAACCCAUUUCAACUCUGCCAUAAAGAACGCGACUACGGUUCUCAGUACUACCACAUGUAUCAGUACCGCUUGAAAACUUUCAGAGACCGUGUCUUGAAGGAAUGUGAUAAUAGAUGGGAUGCAGGUUUUACCUUGAAUGGGAAACUGGUCCUGAAGAAGGACAAGGUACUGGAUAUUCAAGGAAAUCAACCAUGCUGGUGCGUUGGGUCCAUAUACUGUGAGAUGAAGUACAAACCAAAUGUAUUGGAAGAAGUCAUCAAUGACACUUAUGGUGCGCCGGAUUUGACGAAAAGUUACACUGAUAAAGAGGGUGGUUCCGAUGAAAUCAUGCUGGAAGAUGAAAGUGGGAGAGUGCUCCUGGUGGGUGAUUUUAUUCGGUCUGCACCCUUCAUCACUGGUGUUGUUGUAGGUAUUCUAGGUAUGGAGGCUGAGGCCGGGACAUUCCAAGUACUAGAUAUAUGCUAUCCCACUCCCUUGGUACAAAAUCCUUUGCCUACCCGAAAUGCUUCCUCUCACUCCAGGGGCAAAAUUGCUCUUGUUUCUGGAUUAAAUCUUAACAAUACCUCACCUGAUAGAAUAUUGAGAUUAGAGAUCCUGAGAGAGUUCUUGAUGGGAAGAAUCAGUGAUAAAAUUGACGACGUUUCUGAGAUCGGCAGGUUACUGAUAUGUGGUAAUUCCGUUGAUUUCGACAUUAGAAGUGUGACCAAGGAUGAAUUAACCACUUCCCUGACUGAACUCAGUAGGUUCUUACACAACAUUCUUCCUUCCAUAUCCGUUGACAUGAUGCCCGGUACUAACGAUCCAAGUGACAAAUCCCUACCUCAACAGCCUUUCCACAAAUCACUAUUCGACAAAUCACUAGAAUCCUACUUCAAUGAUUCUAACAAAGAGAUUUUGAAUCUAGUGACGAAUCCUUAUGAGUUCACCUAUAGCGGUGUAGAUGUUUUAGCCAUUUCAGGUAAGAAUAUCAACGAUAUUUGUAAAUACGUAAUACCAUCAAAUGAAAUUGUAAAAGAAGGUCAAGAAAAGUUUAUGCAAGGUGAAAAUAACGAUGAUUUUAAAGACAAUAUAGAACACCGAAUGGAUCUCAUGGAAUGUACCAUGAAAUGGCAAAACAUCGCGCCCACUGCGCCUGACACCUUAUGGUGUUAUCCAUAUACUGAUAAAGAUCCAUUCGUAUUGGACAAGUGGCCACACGUUUACGUUGUAGGUAACCAACCGUAUUUCGGAACAAGAUCAAUAGACAUUGGCGGAAAGAAUAUAAGGAUAAUAUCUGUGCCUGAAUUCAGUUCUACUGGGGUGGUUGUAUUACUAGAUUUAGAAACGUUAGAAGUAGAGACAGUCAAGAUUGACAUUUAA